UGCCACGCCAAAAGAGAGAGAAGUAAACAGGGUUUAUAAAACAACCUCUUCCUUAAAAUAUAUUAACUGGAUAGUGUUUGGUAUACAGAAGUGAAUGGGCAGCACCGGAAGCUAACCAACCACAUGAGUCAACCAUGACAGCAUCACUUUGACCUAAUUCCAAGAUGGAUGCCCUGCCCAGCACAGAGGAAGGAACAAGACUAAACUAAGUUGAGACAUAUCGCUCUGCUUAGGACUGAGUGAAGAGAGAGGUUAUGGAGGGGUCUAGGGUGCGCUCUCCUCUCCCAGACCUCAGGGAGCCAGACAGCCAGACAUGGCCCAAUAUGGAUCUCCCACUACAGAGCAGGCCACUGGAGGAGGCUAUUGGGUGGAGAGAGAUGGAGGAGCAAGUGAACCAGAUGGACAGGGAGGAAGAGGAUAACUCUCAUCAGACUGGAAGGACUGAGGAGCCAGAGGAGCACUGGGAUUCCAUGACUUUACCUGUGUACCCCAUGAUCCAUCCCAGUGUCCCUCUGUCCUUUGCCACGGUGCAGUGGGACAUAACCGACCCCUCCCCUGACAUGCCCUACCCCAUGACUGACAACAGCUCAGCCGAUGAGCUGGACUCCAGUGGAGCGGCCAGUCUGGACUGGACUGUGAGUCCCCUGUCCCACCACCACCAGCAGCAGCAACAUCAAACCUGUGUGACAGGAAUCAACAUAGAGCUGUCUGUCCAGGAGAAGACACAUAAUCACAACGGACCGGAGCAACAGCUGCCUUUGGACACAGACCAGAGUGAAAGCUCCCCUCGGGCAUGUGAUACACCAAGGCCAUAUGUGGAGGAGCAUGCAGCACACACACAGGAAGUGGAGGCUUCAGCACAAGAGCUAUUUGAGGACCAUGACUCUCUUUCAGGGAGAUGUCCAUGGCCAGAGGAAGGGAUAGGACAGUCUGUGACAGAGGAGACUAUCACACCCUCUGACAUAGAUCCUAGCUCUGUACACACAGGAGAGUCCGAGACUAGGCCGGAUAGUGAGAGUUUAGGCUCUGUGCCGGGAGAGAAACAGGAACUAGUCCUGACUAUACAGAUCAACCCAGAGCAAGGAUCCAGCUCUACGGACUAUGAGGAGAAGGAGGAGGAGCAGACUGUGACUAAUUUAUCUUAUAAUGGAGAUUGUGACGAGCAGACAGAACAGAUAGGACAGUCAGAGGGGAGGGAACAGUCGAACAGUGAGGAGGAAUCGGAGAUGAUAGAACUCUUAGAGCACCUGCUUGAGCCAGCUGAACAGAAAGAACAGUCAAUACUCUCAGAGAAGUCUGAACACAGUGGGCAGUCAGAGCCUAACCACACAGAGCAGAGUGAAUACGGGAACAAUACCGAGACAACAGAGCAGCCAGAAGACUCUGAGAAACUUCUAGAGUCCGACCAGGUAGAGCAUUCAAAUCAGUCAGGGGAGGAAGAACAACAAACUGAAGAGGCCCAUUUACAACAUGCAGAACAGUCAGAAGUGACAGACCAGUCAGAACAAUCAAAAGAAUCAGAGCAGACGCAACAGCCAGAACAGACAGAAUGUUUAGAAUCAAAACAGACACAACAUUCUGAGCAAACUAUGCACUCAGAGCAGACAUACUUUUCAGUGCAGGCAGAACCACAAACAGAACCAUCACAGCAGACGGAACACUCUGAAGAUUCUGAGCAGUCAAAACAAUCAGGGGAGAUGGAGCAGACGGAGCAGUCCGAGCAGACGGAGCAGACGGAACAGUCAGAGCAGACGGAGCAGUCCGAGCAGACAGACAACAAACCAAUACAUUCAAAGCAGUUAGAAGAAUUACUUUUCCUUUGCACAGAGGAGCUUGAACAGACAGAACAGUCAGACCAGACAGAAGACCAGAAACACUCAGGGGCUGAACAGCCAGCGCAGACUGCACUGACUGAGUCGACAGAAGAGCUUGAGCAGACAGAGCAGGUAGAACAAUUGGAACAGAAAGUUUGUACAGAGGAUUCAUGUUUGCCGCCCAAGGAAGGAAGUGGAGAGCAACUGGAGUCUCAGGUACAGCAGACAGAGGUCUCAGAACCAGUGGUGGUCCAUAUGAAUGGUGGAGGUUUGGACAGGGAGAGGGCUUGCAGGCUGGCUGAAAGACUCUACAGGCUGGACGGGAUCUACAAGACAGAUGUGGUCAAACACCUGGACAAAGACAAUGACUUUAGCCGAGCCGUUGGUGAGGAGUACCUGAAGUUCUUUGACUUCACCGGUCAGAGUCUGGACCAAGGCCUGAGGUCUUUCCUGAGGGUGGUGGUGCUUAUCGGUGAGACCCAGGAAAGAGAGCGGGUGCUGCAGCAUUUCUCCUGUCGAUUCCAGCAAUGCAACCCUCACACCUUCUCCUCUUCCGGAGAAGUACUCACACUCACCUGUUCUGUGAUGCUCCUGAACUCUGAUCUGCAUGGACAGAAUGUGGGCAAACCCAUGUCUGUGUCCAGCUUCGUGUCCAACCUGGAUGGGAUGAAUGAGGGUGAGAACUUCAGUAAGGAGCUGUUGAAGGCUCUCUACAACUCCAUUAAGAAUGAGCCUCUGGAAUGGGCAGUUGAUGAGAAGGAACUGAAGAGCUCCAUGUUGUUGGCGGAGGAUGCUAAAGAGGACGCACCCCUGCGCUCCAAGAGCAACCCGUUCCAAGAUGUGCCGCAUGACAAGAAGGCCACAGUGUUCAAACAGAGCUUCCUCAAACGCAAGGCCCACGCUGACAUCGAUGGCAAACGCACUCCUUGGGGGAAGAGAAGCUGGAAGAUCUUCUAUGGAGUGCUGAAGGGAAUGGUCCUCUACUUACAGAAGGAUGAGUACACGAUGGAGUGGCAGAGUACAGAGGAGGUGGUCAGUGUGCACCAUGCCCUGGCAGAGCAGGCAGCAGACUACACUAAGAGACCACACGUCUUCCGCCUGCAGACCGCUGACUGGAGGGUCUUCCUCUUUCAGGCCUCCUCCACAGCAGAGAUGAUUUCAUGGAUUAGCCGUAUCAACCUGGUGUCAGCCCUACACUCCUCUCCACCCUUCCCUGCUGCCGUGGGCUCUCAGAGGAAGUUCUGCAGACCCAUCCUGCCAGCCUCGCAGUCUGCACACACACUGGAGAGACAGCUACAGUCCCAUGCAGGCAUGCUGGAGUCCUUCCAGGAAGACCUGGCCUACCUGCAGCAGAGUCUCCCUGACGGGCGCAGGGCCAAAGCCAAGGAGAUGGAGGAACACAGAGUCAGAGAGGAGUACCUGCAGCAUGAGAUAUGUCGCUACGAGGCCUACAUCCAGAUGCUGGAGGUCUGGAAGGGUUUGAACCAGUCAACCGAGACUGAGGUGGGAACCAGUGAGCUCAACCUGUUUGACAGAGCUGUGUGUAAGGACACAGUGGAUGAGGAGGGGGAGGAGGGAACCCUGAAGAAGUCCCACUCCAGCCCCUCCUUGGAUCUGGAGAUGGCCUCGCAACCCGUGGUCAAAGUUAAACGCAACAUCUCGGAGAGACGGACCUAUCGCAAGAUCAUCAUACCGAGACGCAACCAGGACAUAUGAGGGCAGGUGUCCAAAAGUGAGACACAUAUAACUCUGACAUGACUUUUCAAUGGCUUUUUUUAGGACAGGGACAUUGUGUUACUUCCAAGCACUGUCCUUUUUAAGUUUUCAUUUUCAGCUUGCACUUAUUCAGCAAGAAGGCAAAGGUCAAUAAAACAGAAUGCCUCCCUCA